AUGGCCUCCAAGUGCAAAGGUGAAUGUCUAAACAUCAAAAGCGACGCCGCUUGCGUCUGGCCAGGUACGACUUACGCCAACCUCCACAAGUGGCCGAUGGCAGAGGCGGAGUUCUUACGGUCAAUCAGUCAGGGAGGAAGCCAGCGUCGUACCACUGUGGUGGACAGCAUCUCUUGUAGGCAAAUGUACCUUAGAAGCUAUACCUUCUCAAGCAACGAGGAGAACAAAGACAGUGGAGGUCAAGAUAGCAAUGACGAGAGCGGCCAGAGAAACGAACUGAGAUGUUUUGGAGGAGGAGGAGGGAGGAAGAAGACGGCGAACAUAGGUAUGAUGAGGAGGAGGAGUACGUCGUUUGUGGUCGGAGUCUUAUGGAAAUGUUUGACUUGUACUUCCUCUACAAGGGUUAAUGUGGAAGAGUGA